UUUUAUGACGCCACCGCCCGCAUCAUUCAUACCCUACCUUCCCACUCCCACAUCUCUCUCUCUCUCUCUCUCUCUCUCGCUGGAAUUCAAUCCCUUCGAACUCAUCGAAGCAAUUGCGAAUGCGAGUUCUGAAGCGGAGCGAUCCAAGGAACACACUCUCUCUCGCUCUCUGUUUUGCCAGCAAAAACUGCACUAAAAAGCUAGGAAUGCAAUGAGGAUCAUGUGAUCUGUUCCUCCCCAAAGCUGCUUCUCUUCUCUCUUUCCCCAAGGCUGCUUCCUUUUUCUCCCCCCCACCCCACCCCCUUUACUCUUCGAGAUGUCAUCAGGCGCUUCCAGGUUCAUCAAGUGUGUGACCGUCGGAGAUGGAGCCGUCGGCAAGACAUGCUUGCUCAUCUGCUACACCAGCAACACGUUCCCAACUGAUUACGUGCCCACCGUGUUCGAUAACUUCAGUGCCAAUGUGAUUGCGGAGGGAAGAACCGUGAAUCUGGGCCUCUGGGAUACUGCAGGACAAGAGGAUUACAACAGACUGCGACCACUGAGCUACCGAGGUGCGGAUGUCUUUGUGCUGGCUUUCUCAUUGGUGAGCCGAGCCAGCUAUGAGAAUGUUCUGAAGAAGUGGAUGCCUGAGCUGCAGCAUUAUGCUCCUGGAGUCCCUGUGGUCUUGGUUGGUACUAAGUUAGAUCUUCGUGAAAAUAAGCACUAUUUGGCAGAUCAUCCUGGGAUGUUGCCUGUUACUACCGUACAGGGAGAGGAACUUCGUAAGCAGAUUGGUGCUGCAUAUUAUGUUGAGUGUAGCUCAAGGACUCAGCAGAAUGUCAAGGCAGUCUUUGAUGCUGCCAUCAAAAUAGUUAUUCAGCCUCCUUCAAAACAUAAGGAGAAAAGGAAGAGAAAAACAAGACACGGUUGCUCAAUUCUGUAAGAAUAUUCCGUGUGUGAGGAGACUUGUGUGUUUUAAGUGAAGGCACUUGCAAUAAGAAAUGACUGAUCUCGUUCGCAUGUUUGCUUUGCUCUCCUGACCCGAAGACUCGGAGGGCUGCAUCAGCUGUGAGUUCGAUAGUGUGGAAGAUUUUGUAAAUUGUAAAUGUUUGAUCUGCUGGUAUCGAAGGAAAAACAAACCGCACGCCUAAAGAAGUGGAUAUA